AUGGAGAAGAAACCUUCCAUAUACAUCAUUGGGGCUCAGUGCACCGGCAAGACUACCCUGGUCGAUGCAGUCUCCCAACGUAUACGAAGCGAGCACUCGCACCUUUCCUUCGCCGUUAUCAAGGAGCUUGCUCGCGGCAUCUUGACGACAGCAGAUGUGAACCGAGGCGAUAUUCGAGCCGGGUCGAAGAAAGCGAUGAAUUUCCAGCGCCUGGUGCUCGAGGCGCAGCUGGACGAGGAACAGAGGCUCCAAAGCCACGGAUUCAUCAUCUCCGACCGAUCUGGCAUCGAUCCCAUCGCGUAUGCGAACCUAUAUGGACCACCGCAGGUCACAGAAGAAAUGCUUGAGAUGUCUGCCUGGGCAGCGUUGAAAAAGAGAAUGUGUCAAGGCAUCGUCAUACUCUGCGAACCAGUUCCGGCGUGGCUGUUUGACGACGGCGUGCGGUUGAUGCCCAAAGACACAAGUGAGUGGUUGGAGCUGCACAAUGCCUUCGUCAACCUGCUCCGGCAGAGCGAGAUAGAGUUCGAGUUGUUGCCGGCGACGUGCAGCUUGAUUGAAAAGAGAGUCGCCUUUGUGCUUGAAAGUUGGGAAGCCCGGGCGAGGCACGUGUCCAGAUUAACAGUCUCAGCUCCAUCAGCGACAACGAGCUCCCAACUCUAG